AUAUCUCUCCUAAUAUUGAAUUGUCAAUUUCUCUUUGCAAGUGGAAACAAAGAAAACCAUCUAAUUCUAAAUGAUUGUACAACACAAUACAUAAAACAUUUACGCCAACCCCAUAUAUACCCCUUCAACAUGCCUUUCAUGGCCUCUCAUCAAUCUCUAAAUUCUGAGUCGAAUAUCUUCUCGCUUAUAGGUUUUCUCUUUUUCUUUAUCAAUAAUCAAUGGAGCUUGAAGUUUCUUGGUUCCCUCAGUUCCUUUUCACCCCCAUGUCCUUCAUUUUGCUCUCUUUCAUCAGCUUGUACCUACUGAGAUCAAGGCUAUGGUGCAACUGUGAAAUCUGUAGCACUUAUCUCACCUCUUCUUGGUCUCUAAAAUUCCACAAUCUUUGUGAUUGGUAUGCACAUCUUUUGAGAGAGUCACCUACCAAAACCAUCCACAUACAUGUUCUCAGAAACACCAUCACAGCAAACCCAGAAAACGUUCAGUACAUGCUCAAAACAAAUUUCGAAAACUUCCCGAAAGGCAAACCUUUCUCUACAAUCUUGGGUGACUUUCUGGGUCAAGGUAUUUUCAACGUGGAUGGUCAUCCAUGGAGGUUUCAGAGGAAGAUGGCGAGUCUGGAGCUGGAUAAGCACUCGGUGAGAUCUUAUGCUUUUGAGAUUGUCAAUCACGAGAUUGAAAACCGGCUCAUCCCGCUUUUAUCGUCCUUUUCGGAGACGAAAGAUGUCUUGGAUUUGCAAGACGUGUUCAAGAGAUUCUCCUUUGAUAGCAUAUGCAAGUUCUCUUUUGGGUUGGACCCUAUGUGUUUGGAUUUGUCCCUGCCCUUAUCGGAGUUUGCUGUUUCUUUUGAUCUGGCGUCGAGGUUGUCUGCGGAGAGAGCCAUGACGGCGUCUCCUCUCGUCUGGAAGAUCAAGAGGAUGCUGAAUUUGGGGAGCGAGAAGCAAUUAAAAGAAGCCAUUAACAUGAUCGAUGUAUUGGCGAGAGAGGUUAUCGUGACAAAGCGGCAGAUGGGAUUUUCUACUCAGAGGGAUCUCUUGUCACGCUUCAUGCGGAGCGUAGAUGAUGAGACGUACUUGAGAGACAUUGUCAUUAGCUUUCUAUUAGCUGGUCGCGACACAGUUGCGUCAGCACUGACCAGCUUCUUCUGGCUCAUGACGACCCACAAGGUGGUCGAGUCAGCAAUUCGAUCCGAGGCAGACAGAGUACUAGGUCGCAAUGAGAGCCUGAAAAGCUUCGAACAUAUGCAAGAGCUUCAUUAUUUACAAGCGGCAAUUUAUGAGAGCAUGAGACUUUACCCUCCUGUCCAAUUUGAUUCGAAGUUUUGUGACCAAGACGAUGUUUUGCCGGACGGGACGUUUGUGAAGAAAGGGACUAGGGUUACUUACCAUCCCUACGCGAUGGGUCGGAUCCCAGAGAAUUGGGGACCAGACUACAUGGAAUUCAAGCCGGAAAGAUGGUUGAAGGAAGGUGCUUUCUUCAUGGAAAACGCAUUUAAAUACCCGGUUUUCCAACCAGGACAUAGGGUUUGCUUGGGAAAGGAGAUGGCCUUAAUGGAGCUCAAAGUUGUGGCUCUUUCUUUGCUUAGAAACUUCGACAUCCAGACAACGACACAAUUUGAUGUGCCGCGAUUCUCACCGGGACUCACAGCCACUUUCCGUGGUGGCCUUCCUGUGCGGGUGAGAGAAAGGAAAACACUACCAUCCUCAUAAGUCACAUCUGCUUAGCUAUAUGUGUGGCCUGUAUAAAUAUGCAUGUUACCAUGUUAGUGUUGCCAACCAAUCAAAUUAAUGUCGGGAAAUGUGCUGCGUGACAAAGAUGAA